UGUGUAGUGCGUGGCUGGGGCCCGGGCCGCUGGUCUGAGCGCAGCGGCUAUGGCAGCGGCGGAGGAGGCGGGUGGGGAGAGCCCGUCCGUGCUGUUCCUGCACCCGGACCUGGGGCUGGGCGGUGCGGAGCGGCUGGUGGUGGACGCGGCGUUGGCGCUGCAGGCGCGGGGCUGCCGGGUGCAGAUCUGGACGGCGCACUACGACGCCGGGCGGUGCUUCGCGGAGACGCGCGGCCUGUCGGUGCGGCAGGCGGGCGGGUGGCUGCCGCGCAGCCUUUGGGGCCGCGGACACGCGCUGUGUGCCGCCCUGCGCAUGGCCUUCGUGGCGCUCUAUAUCCUGCUGCUCAGCGGAGAGUGGGCCGACGUCUUCGUCUGCGACCAGGUGUCUGCUUGCAUUCCUGUACUCAGACUGGCCAGAACUCGUAAGAAGGUUUUGUUUUACUGUCACUUUCCUGAUCAGCUUCUGACCAAGAGAGAAUCUGUCCUAAAGCGCAUCUACAGAUUACCGCUAGACUGGCUAGAAGAGUACACGACUGGCAUGGCAGACUGUAUUGUUGUGAACAGCAGGUUUACCGCCAGUGUGUUCAAGGACACAUUUAAGUCCUUAUCUCACAUAAACCCAGAUGUCCUCUACCCAUCGCUCAACAUCAGUAGCUUUGAAACGGUUGUUCCUGCAGACAUAGCUGACCUGAUACCAAAAAAGAAAAAGUUCUUGUUUCUUUCCAUUAAUAGGUAUGAGAGAAAAAAGAAUCUAGCGUUGGCUCUUGAAGCUUUGCGUGAGCUUCAAGGAAGGCUUGAUUCUCAUGAGUGGAAUGAAGUUCACCUGGUUAUGGCAGGUGGUUAUGACAAAAGAGUUCUGGAAAAUGUGGAACACUAUGAAGAGCUGAGGAGACUUGCAGCCAGGCUUAAUGUUAAUGACCAUGUCACUUUUCUGAGAUCCUUCUCAGAUGAACAGAAAAUUGCUCUUUUUAUUAACUCUGUAUGUGUGCUUUACACACCAAGCAAUGAACAUUUUGGCAUUGUCCCUCUGGAGGCAAUGUAUAUGAGAUGUCCAGUUAUAGCGGUUAAUUCAGGUGGUCCUUUAGAAUCAGUCUUGCAUAAUGUUACAGGAUUUUUGUGUGAUCCUCUGCCAACACAAUUCUCUGAGGCUAUGGAAAAAAUUGUAAAAGAUCCUCUCUUAAAGAACACAAUGGGAACAGCUGGGAGAGCCAGAGUUAUGGAAAAAUUUUCCUCAGAAGCAUUCAAGGAACAGCUGUACCAAUACAUAUGCAGAUUAACACAAUAAAAUUUUAUAUUUUACUGCUUUGUAUCUCUCGUUUGUGUAGGGGGCUGGUAUUUAUUGUGACUAUGAUGAAGAAUCUGGGACAUACGAAUUCCUGUGGUGUUAUUCUUGUGUUGCCUUCUGCCACUUGAUACAAAGAACAGGCAAAACGGCCCCCACUGCCUCAUCAGAAGGUUGAAAUUUUCGUGUGGUAGGCUGGUCUGCCAUUGCAGUUCUUUUGUGUACGGUGCCUUGGAAAAAUGGAUAGUUAUAGGGCAUUAACUUACUAGGAAAUUACUGAACCUUUAAUACUAUACAAAAUGUGGUCCUGUACAAAUCCACAUUUUGUAAAUGGCUAAGACAAGUGCCACUUUAUGUAUUUAAAAUGUUCAAGAAUACUUUUUAAGUAAAAAAGGUAUCUCAGAUGAAGCAUGGAGAGAAUUUUAAGCCAACUGCAUGUUUUAAAAAAACAGCACUGUUGGGCGUGUGAAUUGUAUGGUUUAAAAAUGAUCGACCUUUUACUGCUCUUAAAUUGCAUCAUGUAGUCACACUAGGUGUCAUAAGUGUACAGGUGUGAGCAGAAGGAAACAGACUAGAAUUAAACCAGGGGCAUCAGACUCCCUCACGUAAAAACGUUAGUACUGAAAUUCUGUGUCUAUGCAGAUAUCUGUGGUGCUUGGGGGUGUAAUUUUACUUUGAGAUUUCCUUUGUAGAGACUUAAAUGAUAUGCCCUCUAUUUAACAUUUCAUUCUAAACGAUGGCACACUUGAAAAAGGUGUUAACACAGCAGACAAUAAAGACAUUUUAUUUUGCCUGUUUUAGUGGUAACUUUUUGGUGUAACUUUUCUGAAUAAUUUAGCUGGGGGAUACUUUCCUACUAAUGUAGUGACUGCACAUAUGACAGUAAUUUGACUUCCUCAUUCCUUGAAAUCAUGUUUUAGCCAUAAAAUGCAAUUUUGUAGUCUAAAUUCUGCAAUUUGUAUUUAAAAUCGUUUCAGGCAUUUUCACAUUUAGUACUUCACAAAAAGAGGCCCAGUCUUCUUGUUGCUUAGGACUGCAGCCUAGGUCUCAGUAGAAGGCUUUUAUUUAAAGUCAAAUAAACAAAGAUCCUCAAAGUC